CGCCUCCCGCCCCCUUCUCCCGUCCAUCCGAGCCUAACAAGCAUCUUCCUCAUUCUCCCCAUCCUCACACACGGAUGCCCUCCCUUCGGAAGCGCCAACGCCAACAUUGGAAAACGUCACCAUUUCUUCUCGGAUAACGUGCAAUGCAGGCAUUCGACUCGCCGCCGUUGUGUUGACACUUGAAACGCCGAAAUAAUCCAAAAGCUGUUGUUUUUCUUUUCAAUCCUCCCGGCUGUCAACAUGAUGCCCGCGUCGUCUCCCUCCGCCUGGCCCGGAGAGGAGCGACCGUCUCUGCUGGACCAGGAGGAGCCCGAUUUGAAUCAAGUGUCUGUGGCCAUGCCGUGCCCCUCCGUAGGCGUGGGCGAGCAGCUCCUAUGCGGCGGCAGUAGCCCGGCCGGUGCCGGACCCCCACGCAGCAAGUCCAAAGGGGAGCUGGUCAUAGUCAUCAACGAGAAGCUGAAGAGCGGUAACGGGGUCCUCGCCGGUGAAAACCCCUCCCCCGUGGUCUCAUCGCCUCCCCGGCGUCAGCACUCCAUCUCAUACCCGCACCACGCCAAGACCAGGAAGGGCAGCCGGGCGGGCUCCAUAGGCUACACCGCCUUCUCCCCCAGGCCCUCGCUGUCCCGCCACUCCAGCAUCGCCACCAACCCCCCUUUGGACCGCACCAAGGUGAAGGACUACCUCCUGCUCUCCGUGCUGGCUUGUUUCUGCCCCGUGUGGCCCAUUAACAUCGUGGGAUUUGUCUACUCCAUCAUGUCCAAGAACAGCUUGGAGCAAGGGAACUUGGAUGGCGCCGUGCGUCUGGGGCGCGUGGCCAAGAUGCUGUCUGUGGUAUCGCUGGUGGGCGGGAUGCUCAUUAUCAUCGCCUGCAUUGUCAACCUGGCCAUCAAUGUGAAAACCUGAGUUUCAUCCCGGGAUGAAACGGGAUCAGGCAAGCCGCAUCCCGACUGGGCCGCACCUGCACCGCCUGUCUUUUACCAACUAGUUGUUACCUGGAUUUGUGACUAAACCCAAAUGCAGCCCCUAUAUUUCUAGCCCUUCGAUCUUACAGAAGUCUGUUUUUGCUCAUGGAUGACAACAUGCCCCCCCCCCCACACACACACCCCCACCCCACCAAAAAAACGCUGCAGAGUCACAAGGGGGAGGGAUUGUGAACGUCCGCCUGGUUACUGUUGGAGGAUGGAGACAAACUGAUUGGUCCCCCAAGUCUCAGUAGACACUUGGACUGCGGCGAUCCCACGACGCACCCGCAGCAUGCCAAAUCCCCUCAGAUAUACGGAGACGCUCCCCCCCCCCCCCACCCCCACUAUCUCCUUCCCAGAGGAGAAAGCGUCUCCAUCACCUUGUUCUGAGACUGCGCCUCUCCUUGAUUCCACGAGACUUGUACACACGAAAGGGAUCAGACGUGCCAAAAAUUUCAAGUUGAAAGUCUCCAAUGUUUUCACGGGGCCAAAACGUUCCGCAAUCUUCCGAAUGCUGCCACCUUUCAAGCACUGUGAGUACCGCCAUUGAAACUGUUGCAAUCCAGUAAAAAGAUUCAACUUGGGUGAAAAUCCACUUAAGCGCUCAAAAAAGUGGGACCCAUCCAUUACGUGGAUCACAUCGAUUGGAUGUCCUGAGAUUUAUGCAGUAGUCCUGAAUGAAAGGGCCAGUGAGUGUGGUUUCACAUUGAAAAUCUCGGUCACAGGUUAACUUUUGAUAAUGUUUGUAAAAUAUCGUGUCUGUGUGUGUUUCAGCCAUACUGUGUGCGCACUUUGUCGAAAUACAAAGGAGCAGGUGAUUUCCAUCCAAGGAGUGAAGGUAGCUUGCGUGCGCUGCUCCUCGGUUACGCGCUAGCUUUUAAGGCUAAAAGUGCGUUUCGAUUGCCAACACCCUUGAAAUUAUUUAGAUGCAUUUCAAACGACUGGUGAGGCCCGCACGCCCUUUGCGGUGUAUUUUCAAAAUGGCUUUUCUUGAGUACUCCAGUGUAUCCUUUGCCUGUGAUUCUCACUGUGAUGCAAACCAACUCGACUUCUUACCCACUGUACAUAAUCGUUUGUAUGUUUGAUCUAAUUAUCACGAGGUGUAUAUAAUCCUCAAUAUAGUGAUAUGAGUUGAAUCGUUGACCAGGUGGAGACACCGAGGCUGUCCUAUUUCUUGACUAGCUACUCUCAUGUUCUGAUUGUCGUUGUGGUGACGGGCAUGCCGGGGGGAUUUUUCAUUCAUGUAUGUACCGCAAAUUGGCACUUUGGAAUAUUAUACUAAUGAAAUAAAUUUAUAAUAUCCACAUUGCAUGCCUGUGGAUUGUACUUGUUUUUCUGCUAUAGAAUCGUGCCGGUGGUUUGGGGGGGGGGGGCUUCAAACCCUCCCAUACAUAAAAGGUGGAAAUCAGCGAUGCAGAAAACCCAAAUGCUUUUUAAACUCAAAUUUUACCCCUCACUUAUGCUUUAAACAUGCUUAAACUUAAUAAAUUGCACAAAAUGUA